AUGGCCACAGAUACGCUCAAGGUUGAGGCUACAGCCCUUAAGGACAAGGGCAACAAGGCGUUCAAGGAGCACGACUGGCCCACUGCCAUUGAUUUCUACACGAAAGCUAUUGAAAAGGUUGGCACGGAUCCAGCUUUCUACUCGAAUCGAGCCCAAGCCAACAUAAAACUGGAAGCAUAUGGCUACGCCAUCGCUGAUGCCACGAAAGCCCUCGAGCUAGACCCUGCCAACGUCAAGGCAUACUGGAGGAGAGCAAUUGCCAAUACUGCAAUCCUCAACUCGAAGGAUGCAAUGCGAGAUUUCAAGAUAGUGGUCAAGAAAGAGCCGAACAAUAAGGAUGCGAAGCUCAAGCUAGCCGAGUGCGAGAAAUUGGUUAAGAGAAUACAAUUUCUGAAGGCUAUCGAGGUUGGAGAUCCUCCCUCUGCUUUCGAAGGUCUUGAUAUUGCCUCGAUAGCUGUACCCGAAGAUUACGACGGAGUACGACUGGGAGACAAAAUGACCCAAGAGUUUAUAGACGAUAUGAUCACGCGCUUCAAGGAUGGCAAGCAGUUACACAAGAAGUACGUCUACCAAAUAGUCAAGGCCGUACGCGACAUUGUAUAUGACGAGCCAACAAUGGUCGAGAUGGAGGUGGCUCAGAAGACGAAAUUAACUGUAUGUGGCGACACUCAUGGACAAUACUUCGACCUGCUGGAAAUCUUCAGACUAAAUGGCUAUCCUUCCGAAGACCAUGCAUACCUCUUCAACGGUGAUUUUGUGGACAGAGGAUCAUGGUCGACCGAGAUUGCGCUCCUACUAUACUCCUACAAAUGGCUUAGGCCGAAUUACUUCUUCCUGAAUAGAGGUAAUCACGAAACAGACGACAUGAACAGAGUAUAUGGUUUCGAGGGCGAAUGCAAAGCCAAAUAUAGCGAGCGAGUCUUCAAGAUAUUCUCAGAGUCCUUCUCAGCACUACCUCUGGCAACACUGAUAGGAAAGAAAUAUUUGACAUUACACGGUGGUCUAUUUUCAGACGACAAAACGAGCUUGGAUGACAUAAGAAAGCUCAACAGACAUCAGCAACGACAACCAGGUCAAGCAGGUCUCAUGAUGGAAAUGUUAUGGACGGAUCCUCAGCAAGCUCCUGGUCGAGGCCCGAGUAAGCGUGGUGUUGGCUUACAGUUUGGUCCUGAUGUGACCAAGAGGUUCUGUGAAAACAACGGCCUCGAAGCUGUUAUUCGGUCUCAUGAGGUGAGAAUGGAGGGUUAUGAGGUCGAGCACAAUGGCAAGUGCAUUACUGUCUUCUCGGCUCCCAAGUAUUGUGAUGCAACAGAGAACAAGGGCGCCUAUAUAAAUAUCGGACCUGAACUCAAGCUUGAGUACCACAAGUUUGAUGCCGUGCCCCACCCAGAUAUCAAGCCUAUGGCGUAUGCUCAAAAUUCCCUGAUGCAGAUGAUGUAG